UCUGAUUAAGUACGUACCUGUUGGUAUUUAUUCAUCAUAGAGAAAACUUCAAUAGGUACAAGGCAGGUAUGUCAGUAUGUGAUUGACAUUUUUCUUCAACACAAACCAUUAUGGAGAAACGGACAGUUUUAUGGUACAUGACUUUCUGGGAAUUUGCUAUUAAAUACAUGUUUCGAAUGAAUAUUAAUAUAGUCAUCGUGUCAAUGAUGAAACAUUCAAUACCGAAAACGAAUGUAACGAUUAUACACGAGUGUCUCAGGAACAUUGAAUCGUUGAAGUCGAGCAAUACUUUUGCACAAAAAUCAUCGGUGGAUCUAAAUGACAAUAAAUUCGAAUGGAACGAAUAUCAGCAAAAUUUAAUUCUGGGUGCAUUUUUCACAUUGCACGUGUUUGUGCAAAUACCAGGCGGAGUUUUGGCCCAACGAUAUGGUACAAAAACCGUGUUUGGGUUCACCAACGGUGUGGCGGCGAUGUUGUCAUUUGUAAUACCUGCAUCGGCAAAAUUCAACUAUAAAGCACUCGUGGUUGUUAGAGUUGUUCAAGGACUCAUAGCUGGUGGUGCGUGGCCUGCAAUGCACACAAUGACUGCUAACUGGAUACCGGUACACGAGAAAAGUCGAUUUGUUUCCGCAUAUUUUGGUAAUUCAAUGCUUUAAAAAAUAGCAUCAAAACUAAAAAUGUUGCAAUAAUAUGAUAUGAAUGUGUGAAUUCCAAAAUCUGUUCAAAUUAUAUCAAAAAAAUAUUUUAGAAAUGUGUUACAAAUUACAAUUUAUUACGAUGACCGAGAACUCAAUCAAUAAAAUAUUAUUAGUAUUCACGAUACUAUAAAAAACAUAAAACCAGAGAGGCCAGUCUGCCGAUGCGUAUAGUACAUAUAUAGAUAUCAAGGUUAUAUCUAUACUGAAUGGAUGUGUUAAAUUUGAAUUUUAUUGAAAAACGAUACAGUGGGCACACGGGGUGUCAGCUUAUAUUUCUUUGGAUAUUUUAUAAUUUAUUUAUAUUUUAUAUUACUAAUUUUCUAUUAGGAAAUAGGUAGAACUAAUUUUUACAAACAACAUCGUUUAUUGAGUCUAUAGUAUAUUAAAUAAUAAUACAAUUAAACGUUACGAUCCUAGCUAGUAUUGUAUUCAGUAGCGCCGAAUGAAAUAAAAACUGGCAGUUCAAAUAUUUCGAUUGAACCACCCACCACUUCAAACGACUGUGAAACUGGCUCAACUAAUUGUGUAUAAAUAAUUUAAUGACAUAGGUAUUAUCUGUGUUUAAUAUAAUUAUAGCGAAAAUACUAAGUAUGCUCUAUUAUUUUAACCAGUACCCACCCACCCAUCCAUUAUUAAGGCAGUUCAAUUGAACUAUUUGAAGUACGUUUUCGGCGCCACUGAUUGUAUUACUAAAUUCAUCAAAAUCAACUGAGUUAAAGCAAAUUAACUAUUAAGCUUAUGAUUUUCUAAGAAUACUGAAUAAUAGUCAUAUCAGAAAUAUGUUAGCAAAACACGAAUCGUAUCGUUUAAUCAUUAGUCUGCAAUCUCGAUUGGAACGAAGAUUUUUUUGUAUAUGACAAUCAGUAGGUAAAUAUCUAAUAAUUAUGAGUGGCGCUUUGUAAAAAUAUAUUUGCAACAUUAUAAUAGUUAUUAAGUUAUAACUUGUUAAUAACACAAUGUAACCGCCUGUUUCCAAAUAUCGCGACAUUAAUAAUUUGUUAAAUGUUGAUAGUUAAUAGGUAUAUCGAAUAUCGAUCAUCGAUGGUUUUUGAUAGUAAAAACUAAACUCCAUAGCUUUUCAGCUUGUAAUUUUCAUUAUUUCGCAGGGUUGUUAAAAAACACGUUUUUUAAAA